AUCGAUGUCUCUUUACCAUAGAGUCUAGUCGCAGGGAUCAAACAGUGCUCUGAGGAAAUGCAGUUCCGUUUGUCCGCCGUCCCGUCUCUCCUCCGUGGGGACACACCGGGCAGGGCGCUCGGUUGAGCAGCGCGGAGAGAAGAAGAGUCCAACAAACUGCCAACAAACUGCCAACAGACAGGAGUUACUUAGUUUUUGUCCGCUUUGGAGGGUCACUUUGGUCUGAGCUGAGUGAAAAAGCAACAAGCACCUGCAGGGCCCCGUCAGUGGCCCAAACCCCAUUACUGCAGUAUGGGUAACUUUUCCAGCAAGGACGGCCAUGGACCCACAGCUGGUGUUGGGGAGAGUUUCCACACUCCUCCUGCUUCUCCACAGAGCGAUGGGCCUGCUUCCGGGCCCAGUUUCCCCCAACUCCAUCACCCUACUUCCCCUCAACCUUCCCCUGCAGCACCCGUUUCAUCGCCACCUCCAGUCCCAGUCCUCGCAUCCAGUGGGAAGAAAGCACAGUCCAGCACCAACCCUACCACUUCCAGUGCCGCUCCUGAAUGGAGGCCUCCUCCACCAGUCGGUUCAAAUAGCUUCACCUUUGGCCCUGGAGUUAGCCCACUGCACAACAAGUCAGGGAGUACUGUGGGUAAAGGACAAGCUGCUCUGGGGAGGAAUGUGGGUCAUCCUACUUCCACCCCUCGACCUCAGGCCUCCCAGGGGAAGAUUGUGGCCAUCAGCCCCACAAAGAGCCCCACAAAGAGCCCCACAAAGAGCCCCUCUUCUCUGUGUGCCUCACCUGUGGCAGGCAGCUCUUCUGGGCCACACUGGAGGGAAAGGGACAGUGGUCUGAGUCAGUCUUUACUGCCGGCUCAUGAAGCUGGGGACGGUCAGGGUGAGGAGCUGGAGAAGCUGCUGGAGGAGUGUAGGUCAACACUGGGCAACACUGCCAGUCAGGAUGGGGCCACCAACACAGCGGAGAUACUGAAGCAUCUACUGACAGAAGUGAAAAGUUUGAAGAGUACUUUACAGACGGAGCGUGGGGAAUGGCUGCAGUUCCAGGCUGACCUCCAGGUGGCAGUGUCAGUGGCAGACCGUCUGAGAGCCGAGGCAGAAGAGGAGCUGACUGCGCUCCGAACGGCGCACAAGGAUGUCGAGCGGGAGCUGGCUGCCUCCCAGCAGAGACAGAAAGAGGCCGAUAUGCAACUGGUGACCCUGAGAGGGGAGCUAAAGCAGAGCAGGCAAAAACUGGCCACUCUCACCCAGGCUUCAAGUCAGGAACCAGAGAGGCCCAAUGAAGAAGCAACCAACAGCUCUGAAAGCAGCAAAGAAGGGACCGAGAGGGGCAGGGAGAGGGGGCUGUACAGGCCGGGGCAAGAAGGGACGGAAAGUAGGAGUCAGAACGAAUCAACGAAGAACGUCGCAAGCGAGGAGGCCAGAACGGACUGUAAAGCUGUGACCAAGCGGUACCUGAAAAACGUGACCAAUAAGGAUAGGAUCGGAGAGGAGGUGCGGUCCAGCGAGACGCGAAGGACGGUAACCACAGAGAGGUCAAGAAGCCUGUCCAGAUUACCUGCCUCCUCAGGCUCCCCCACCAUGCAGAAUGGAACCUCCCAACCCCACACUGCCUCAACUAUCGGCCCUACAAACAAGAACUCUGGGCAACUGAGAGGCCGAAGAGGUUUGGAUUGGCAGGACAGCCGGUUGAGCACUGACACAGGAAAACGUGAGGAGUCUCUAAACAAGUAUAACUCUACCCUCACUGAGCUGCCACCCACCAAGUCCCAGGAUUGUUUCAACUUACUGCUGCGUCGCCAUGGCGGCUCAAAGAGAAACUCGCUGCUCCGUUGGUGUCAGAGCCGAACACAAGGCUACAAGAAUAUCGACAUCACCAACUUCAGCAGCAGCUGGGCCGACGGUCUGGCCUUCUGUGCCGUGUACCACACCUACCUCCCCUCACACAUCCCUUACACCACUCUCACUCCAGACAACAAGAGGGAGAAUCUCAGUCUGGCAUUCAAAACAGGAGAGACUAAUGGGAUUGCACAAACCCUGACGGUAGAGGAGAUGCUAAGAGCAGGAGGUCCUGAUUGGCAAAGGGUGCUGGGAUAUGUGGAGAGCAUCUACCGUCACUUUGAGAUGUGACCGCUGUAGGUACACUGACAGACAAUCUCAACAUAGUGGAUCCUUAUGCACUCUCCAAAGGAAAGAGUAUAAGUUGUGAUGGUUCCCUGAAUACUAUAAUAAAACUUUUCUUGUGUGUGCGGAAACUGGAUAAACUUCUGUUGUCAAAAGAUGCAAUUUGCAAUGUUUUUUUAUAAUAUCAAAAUUCCCGAUGAAGACUUCAUGUCAAAACAUAAAAAAACGUCUUUCAAAUUAAAAUUUGCUACUUUGGACUGAAGUCCCGUCUGCUUUUCAUACGCUAUGUAAAAUGUCCUCUGACCAGGUGGAAGCUAUGGAAGUGGCAAGGCACAAAUUGUUGCAAUUGUUGUAUGCAUUCUUAUAUCUGUCAUACAUUUAAUCAGCUGACAUUUGACUUGUAUAACAAUAUGUAGUGAAGGAUUCAGACACAGUGAAAAUAGAUAGCGUAUUAGAAUAUGACCAACUGAGAAGGAAGGGAAGGAUAAUUAAAAUGUUACAUAUUUAGCUUUCAGAAAAUAAAGACUAUCAUUGACCACCUUAGAAAAAUUAAGAAUAUGUGGAUAUUUUCUUGUAGCAUCCUUAUGAUGAAGCUGUAUGUUAAGGUAGAGUUGCUGUAAAUGUCUCCACACUGGUACGUCACUGGCCAAAAGUACUGUAUUACAUCAUGUCCUUUAUCAAAUAUGUAAGCAGUCAUUGUUUUAUCUGCCAAUGUGUUUAGCCUUUUAAGCUUGUCUGUGAUGCUCUGCAAAGAUUCUACUUCUUCCUGCUCCUUUUUAGCACUCUGUAAAUAUGCACUUUUGUCAAACACCUUGUUGGUGUACGAAUGUAAUAAUGUACAGCACAGAUGUUACAUAACUGUUGGAGUCUUCUACGGCCUCUGUAGGUAUUCAGUAGAGAGGCUGCAGACCAGUCAGAUGUUUGGUCAAGUACAAAUUUCGUGUUUGUGUCUUCUUAAAGUAACUGCAGUGCCUGAAUGGCAAUAAUCAAAAUCAGAAAAGUGCCUCCAUACUAACACAAGUGUGCCAGUGCUGUCUCGGUGCUCAGGGAUGUGGUUUACAAGAGUGACUUGAAAAACAAAUACACGCCUACACAGGCUUCUGCAUCCAGUUGCAACAUCGUCUCACGUCCCAACUCACCCGUUCACCACACUGCUGCUGAGAAAUGGAAUAACAAGUUUCAGCAAGUGUAUAGCAGAGUUUUGGUUUUUUUUGCCAAAGUAACACCAUUGUUAAAUAUGUUUAUAUGUAACAAGUGUGAAAAGAAUAAUACCAAAGAAAUAAAAUUUUAAUA